CUAAUAUGUUUCUAAAUAAUACUCUAUCUAUUCAUGUCUUAAAUUUUUGUCAAUAUAUUUUUGGUUGUCUCACUAAUUUUGUCAUUUUCCCCUUUAAGUAAGAAUCUGUGAUUUAAUUAGUGAAUUGUUGGUUUAAUGUACAAAUGUCAACCACAUAAUUCUUACUCUAUUAAUCCUCAUGUCAGUCAAAUGUGACCAAAUUUAAGAGACAGUGGGAGUAUGAGUUUAUUGAAAUAUAAUAUUAACAUCAAGUUAUAUUAUUGAAAAACAAAUAAUGUUGAAUAUAUUACCAAGGGUAAAUGUAAAAGUAGAUUUUAAAAUGAUUAAAAAAACUAUUGAAAGCAAAAGAUGUAAAAGUAAAGAUAAAGAUUCGGAAUAUAUACCCUUGUCCGAAUUUCUAAAAUCCCAAAAAACAAAAAUCAAUUAUCCGAUUGGUUCAUGGAAUCCAAAAUUUCACUUUACUCGGAUUCAUGGAUUGUACGACGACGACGAAGACGACCCGCGGUCGGGUUCCAAGAUCACCCAUGCAGCUUCCCCUUUGCCGCCUGUCAAGAAGACCAAGAUCAAGAUACUCAAGAAGGGUGCUUCGGUUGAUGCUCUUUCUCCUUCCCCGAGAUGUGGCGGCGGCCGUGAUGUUCACGGCGGUGCAACCGUGGGAUGCAAGAGAAAAUCCCUCUCUGGGAAUGGGCGGCUCAACAGCAAGGCGGUCCAGGCUCCAACAUGUGGGGUCAAGCAGAGGUUGCUUUCAAAAAUGAAGAGGAGGAAGGUCCAAUAUAAUCCAACAUGGAUCCGCUAGCUAAUCAUAGGAUGGAUGAAAUUCAACCUUAUUCUUAAAAUGUGUUGAUCGUUGAUGAACUGAUGAUGUAGAAUAGGUUAGGUUAAUUCUUAUCAUUUUUAUCACAUGAAAAAGUAUGUAGCUAGGUUUAGCUAGUUUAUUUGUGUGAUUCGUGUGUAUUAGUACAAGACAACCAGAACUACGUGUGGCUUGAUCCCGGAUUCUACAAGAAAUAGAAGAAUCCGGGUACGUAGGCAGCCUUUGCUCUAUUAAUAAAAGGUUCAGCUCCAAUUCUUUUCCAAUUUUAGAAGAUGUUCCAUUGUUAGUAAGCGAAUAAGUGUAUUUUGUUACGUUAUUUGCGUAGUACAACAAUAUACUAUACCAAGUACUUGGUAUGUAAUAAGAGGUGCUUCAUAAAAAUUAGUAUUAUAAGUAUUUACAUAAUUCACCAAGUCAAUGUAUGUAUUAAAGCAUGUCUGUACUACAAGACUGGUCUAUUAAUGCUUAGAAUUUCAGUAAUGUGUUCACGCG